UCUCCGAGACAGAUCGGCCCCAACACAUGACCUGUGUCAGGCUCAGUGACGGAAGUCUAGUUAGAGGAAAUGUGUCGGACGGUCUGUGGCAGCUCGAGGUUUAUAUAAGGGAAAAAAAAAACAUCACAUCACAAGAGACGAGACCGGCUGAGUUCAUGCUGCCCCUCCUGAUCCCCACAAUACGUAGUGGUUCCAUCUUUCUCUCCAGGGAUCAAGAAGCCAGCACUCAGAAUUCCAAGAUGGCGACAUGCAGGCAUGGACCCAGCGGCCUCUCUGACUACUGCUAGCGGAGCGAACAUGUGGGCAGUGCCUGGAGAGAACACAGCCCCGCGAAGAUAAGCAGCAGAGGGGAGACGACCCACUCAUCCAUAAAAAGGCAGCAAGCACAACUUCCGCAUGGAAGAAUGGACAUGCAGAAAUACUUGGCGCGUAUUGGGCUCGAGGCCCGCGCUCCCGCUGCGCCCAGCCUGGACGCGCUGCGGUCGGUCCACGCCCGUCACCUGCUGUCGGUGCCGUUCGAGGACCUCACCGCGCACAGCGGCGGACGCGUGCGGCUCGCCCUCCCGCUCCUGUACGACAAGCUCGUGGUCCGGCGCAGAGGAGGCUUCUGCUGCGAGAACAACGGCCUCUUCUCGUGGCUGCUGUCCGCGCUGGGCUUCCGGGUGACCGUGCUCUCCGCGCAGGUGAGGAGCGCGAUCACCGGCUGCUACGGGCCACCCUUCGACCACUUGACCCUCGCGGUGACCCUGCAGGGUCGCCGCUGGCUCUGCGACGUCGGCUUCGGCGCGCCGGGCUUCACCACGCCCCUCUCGCUGGAGACCACCGAGCCCCAGGCGCAGGGCCACAGGGUGUACCGCGUCAGGAGGGAGCUGGACGCGCGCCUCCUGGAAUGGCAAGGGGAGGAGAACCGGGGUGUGGACGGAGAGUGGACGGAGCUCUACAAGUUCACCCUCGCGCCCAGGCGUCUGGAGGACUUUGCCGAGAUGUGCCUGUACCACCAGACCUCCCCCUGCUCGCUCUUCUACUGCAAAUCCCUCUGCACUGUUGUGACACCGACCGGGAGGCUCACCUACAUCGGCCGCAGGCUGGUCACCGUGACGUUUCCCUGCGAGGCGACGGGGGGCCUGUUGGAAACCACAACCGAGGAACUUCAAGAUGAGGAGAUUCCCGUUAUCUUGGCGGAGAAAUUUGGAAUUGUGCUUGAUUCUCAGCUCGUACCGAAGGAUGAGGCGAUAACACCACCCCCGGUCAUGUAUUGAUCACGCUUUCCUUACGGGACAUCUUUUCUAUCUUUGUAGAGAAAAACAUCAACUUGAGAACAAUGCAUAUAUUCUUUGAUUCACACAUCAAUCUUAAAGGAUUUGAAUGCUGAGUAACGCUGGACACGUGGCUCCCGUCUGAACCCUUUCACCUUUGCACUGUGCCACACACCCAGCUCUUCCCGUCAUACAAGUCACAUCCGCAGGGUCUCGACAACAAAUGUAACCAAAGAAAUUGUCAGUUUGAUUUAAUAAAUUAUACAUACACUUUUAA